CACGUCAGCACAGCGCUCCAGUCUCUCUCGCCGGGUUUCGGUCUUUAGGGCUGAGCAGGAAGUGGCUGACUGUGGACCCUGAUCGAGAGAAAAAGGCCUAAGAAAAGCCUGUAGGGAAGCCAAAAAAAUGGAUCUUGUGACCGACGAGGGGGAGAACAAGCUCUAUCGGGCGUCGGGUGAAUCCAACCACCAACAACCUCAGAGAUGGUUCAACACGGCCGACAUCACGGUGGCUCACCAAACCAACCUGCUAAAGCAGCUCAACCAACAGAGACGCCAAGAGCUCUUUUGUGACUUCAGUGUGCUGGUAGAGGGCCACCUCUUCAGGGCCCACCGCAACGUCCUGUGCGCCAGCAGCGGCUACUUCCGCAUGCUCUUGACCCAGGGCCUCGAUGGCAUGUCGGAGUCUGCUAAUGCCACCUUUGACUCUUUCAGCCCAGAGAUCUUCACAGUCAUCCUGGAUUUCAUCUAUUCGGGUCAGCUGGACCUCUCCGGUCAAAAUGUGAUUGAGGUGAUGUCUGCAGCUAGUUACCUGCAGAUGAACAAUGUCAUCAACUACUGUAAGAAUUUCAUCAAAUCCUCUUUGGACAUUAGCGUGAAAGAUGAAGACAGCGAUCGAUGUCACAGCUUGUCAGAGACCUGCAGCUUUACCAGUGGUGCUGGUGAGGAGACUGUUGAGCAGCAGCCGCAGCAGCAGCAACAACAGCAGCAGCAGCCUCCAGAACUACGUUCUGACAGUCCACCACCUGCACUUUGGACCAGGGACAGCUCCAGAUCCCAGUCAAGCUACAUGGGCAAAGAUUUGGAGCAGGACAUUCAUUCUUCAGCCUUGAAGACUGAGCCAAGUAGUCCUGCCAAUGAGCUCAACACAGAGUUCGAGGACCCCCAGGACCCUUUGUAUACUUUGCCAGUGUCAGAGCGGCGGCGUGCCAAAGGUGCAAAUAAGCGAAAGGCGACCAACAGCACCCAUUCUAACCAGCAUGAAGACCCAGACACCCAGGAGGGCAGCGCAAUAAAGGCGGAGAAGGCUGAUGAGCUUUACGCCAAUCUUCCACCAAUUGUGGGUGUUGUUGCAAACUUCAAUGACAAUGAAUCCAAUGCUACAAUGCGGUUCAAAUGCCCUUUCUGUACACACACGGUGAAAAGGAAGGCAGACCUAAAGCGUCAUUUGCGCUGUCACACCGGCGAGAGACCGUAUCCGUGUCAGGCCUGCACGAAGCGAUUUACGCGCCUGGAACACCUGCGCAGCCACUUUGAGACGAUUCAUCAAGCCAGGAAGCUGGUGUGCAGGAGGUGUAAGUGUCCGGUGACUGAAGACUCUGGCCAAGUGGUGUGUGAGGGCACAAGGCGUUAUCGCAUGUGCCCUCUGUGCGUCCAUGAAGUGGGCCGCGAUACUAUGCCCAUGGAAAGUCUAGAGGGAAGCAAUGAGGAGCCGGCUCUCUUGUUGGGUGUGGACGGCGAGGAGGAGCAGAGUAAUAGGUCCUGGAUGGCAACCGAUGACGAUGACUUGGCUGAAGACUCCGGGGCUGACCUCAUCAUUCAACAAGUGGAUGAUAGUGAUGAGGAGCUGCAGUGAAAUUGGACCAAAGUGUGUGUUUGUGUGUGUGUGUGUGUGUGUGUGUGUGUGUGUGUGUGUGUGUGUGUGUGUGCAUGCACGCACGCAUGUGUAAAUAUUGGCUGCGGGUGAACAUGUUAAAGUCAUGCCUGAGAAUGUAGGCUACCAAGGUGUGAUCCAUUUAGCAAUGAGACAAGAUUUCCCCAAAAUAGCAAUCGGUCAAAAUUCACUUCGACCCGAGUGCAAUGUGGUAAGAAUUGCAUGGAGGGUUCCAGAAUAAUUCAGCUUUUGUGUGUGUGUGGGGCUGAAAUUGGGUAGAAUAUCUUUUGUGUUACAUUACCUAUUGAAAAUCUGGUCAAAGGGCAACUUCACAUUCGAGUAAAACAAUACAACUUUGCUAUUUCUCAACAUAGUGUAUCUUCAAAACGUCACAACUUUUUGAACUCAAUUUUGAUGACUUCCCAGUUGCUGUGACUUUCAAGGAAUAUGCUGAAUCCUGCCCGGAACUUCAAUAGCCACCCACAAAAGCUACUUUUACCAUCAACUCUGAUGUUGUACAAAUUUUCACAGCUACAAUUGUUACAUUUUUUUUGCUACUCAGGGAAUUGCCUUUUUUAUUAGCUGACAGGUUUCAGCUACACAUACUGUAUCCACAAAUAAGCUUAAACGGGCCAAAAUUCCAAAUUGUGCUCCAAGGGCACUCCAUAAAAUUGCCGUGAUGUUUCAAACUAUGUCACUUGCCCUUAAAAAAAAGACAUGACGCAAAUAGCACAAAUUGAACAUUAUUCAUGAGAAGAGCAGUGUGGGCAAUAGAAAAACUCAUGAAGUUUAGCCAUCAUUUGUUUUUUUUCCCCCGAAUUUAUUUGUUAUGGAGAUUUUUUGAGGCGUUUGAAGUCCUCGUUCCAUAAUUUUUAGCAUGAAAAUGCAGAAUCAGUCUUGUACGUCUUCUCAUCAAGCGCAUUUCUGAGGCAGGGCAAACAGACAGUUUGAAGGAACCAAUCAGCAAAGACCUGAGCUGACGUCAUAAAAGUGACUCGAGGUAGCAAGGCGGAAAUGUCUUCUUUUGAAAUAAAUGCUAACAGGUUCGUCAGGCGGGGGUGUAUUUCUAGCCAUUUAAAAACAACUUUAAUUCUGAAUCAAACAAUUGUCUCUCUCAAAUUCCAGUUAAGGGUCUUGGUCUCCCGACCCACUUUCUUAGUGGAUUUGGCUUGCCCGGCUUGAAAAAUCCACCAAGGUGGCUGCCACUUGUCAGUUUGCAAAUCCAACGGUGCGUGUGUGCGUGUGUGUUUACUCAUGAAGUUACUCUGAUAUGCUGUAUUAUUCUUUGACUGUAACACAACUGGCUGAUCAAUUCUUUGAGAGAUCGUUUUACUUUUGUGACAAGCUCCUUAAGUAUAUGUAUAUGCAGUAUCGAAAGCAUGCGUCCUGGGUGUUUCUUUUGUCGUGUUUCAAUGAUAAACUCUUAAUGUUAUAUCCUUUUUUUUCAUAAUGGAAAUGUUUUUUCUUUUUUUUUUACUUUUGAAAGAGAGAUUGAUUGAACCUGAAAUAGUACGAGGACUAUUUGAUGAGGAACUCAAUGAAAUGGAAUUUUCACGUGUCUUUGCAAUGCUACCUUAUAAUAUGCACUAUGAUGGUAAGCCAAUUAAAAGUUUGUUUUUUUAUUUUUUAACUAUUGGACACAUUAAAGAUAUUUUUGUAGACUUA